AAAGCGUCGCUGUUUCAGCACAAGCUUCCCAAAACACUCGCGCUGCUUCUCGUCUCCAAUUUCGCACCCUCGACUUCAUUUGAGCGACACAACGACGCCACGCGAGUCAAAUCUUGUCGCCCAAUGAUGAGGAAAGCGAAAGUGACGUCAUCGGCACCGGAGAGAAGGCGCGUCUUCCGGUUUGCUGUCAUUUGCCGUUCGGCCGUCGAGGAUUCGUCGUCGUCACUUUGUGGACGAAAAGGAGCGAAACAUGGCGACGCUGAACUUGUUUGUCUUGUUUGUCGCGGCUGCGCAAAUCCACAGCGUGACGCCCGUGCUUCACACGCUCAAGUAUUUCAUGACAGCAUCGUCUCAAAUUCCAAACAUCCCAGACUACUCGGAGGUCGGUUAUGUUGACGACGUUCCGAUUUCGCGCUACGACAGCAAGAGCAGGAAAACAAAACCCAAACAGGACUGGAUGAACAAAAUCCAGCAGGAUGAUCCUCACUACUGGGAGAGACAGACACAGAUCAGUAUUGGUAAUGAGCAGGUCAACAAAAUCGACAUCGAAACUGCCAAAGCGCGCUUCAACCAAACUGGAGGUGUUCACAUGAUCCAGUGGAUGUCCGGCUGCGAAUGGGACGACGAGACCGAUGAGGUCGAUGGUUGGGAACACUACAGUUACGAUGGAGAAGCCUUCAUCUCGUUGGAGGUGAAGACAAUGAGAUGGAUCGCAGCUCACCCACAAGCUUUCGUCACCAAACUCAAGUGGGACAGUGACGAACUUUGGAAUCUAAACCAGAAGAACUACUACACUGAGAUUUGUCCUUCUUACUUGAAGAAGCAUGUGACCAAUGGGAGGGACUUCCUGAUGAGAACAGAGCUUCCCACGGUGUCUCUCCUCCAGAAGACGCCGUCCUCUCCGGUCACCUGCCACGCGACGGGUUUCUACCCCGGCGCGGCCGCCCUGUUUUGGAGGAAGGACGGCGAGGAGCUCCACGAGGACGUGGAGACGGGAGAGACCCUCCGCAACCACGACGGAACCUUCCAGACGACGGCCGACCUGAAAGCGGAGGUGACCGAUGAAGCCGAGGGCCGCUACGAAUGCGUGUUCCAGCUGUCCGGCGUGGCGGACGACAUCGUCGCCAAGCUGGAGAGGAGAAGCGUCCGGAGCAACGCGCGCAUCCGAGAGGAAGAAAAGAGGAAGAUGGCGCUGGCCGUCGCUGUCCCGCUGGCGGUCCUCGCUCUGGCGGCGGCGGCGGUCGCGGUCCUCGUCAAGCUUUACAAAAGCAGACGAGCCAAAUACGAUCCAGCUUCCGUCGACGCCGAUUCCGAGCCCGCUUCCGAGCCCGCCGCCCCGACGCCCGCUUCCGAGUGAGACGCAGCCGCCGUCGCACGGUGAGUUCGCUGACGUGGACUCCGCUCGUGUUCUCGGGACUCUUUCCAGGUGCAUUCGCGUGCUCUUCUCCGUGCAGGUGUCGGAACACGAGAGAGAUGUCUCCAUCGAGCGCUUUCUCAUCACGCUUGGGCUUGAAAACAGAGAUGGGAUUUGUUCUUCAUGCAGACAAUUUGUGCAAUUAUGAUGUUUCUGUUAAGCCACGCCCAGAACCGCAUUCACGUCAACAAACAACUCAGUCAAUUUGUACGUCGAUC